UCAAGAAGUCUUUUGGCUGAGUGCACUGAGAAGAGGAGAGAUGAGCGCUGAGGAGCCUGACCACAAGAACUCCCCAACCCUCAGCCCGGUUUUCUUGACCAACACCACCGCUACCAACCUUACUGCAUCCAGCCCUUUGCCCCCAGGGGAGAUUCCGCAGCCCCUGUCCAUCAUCAUUGCUCUGGCCUGCAUCUUCCUUCUGCUUGCGACUUUCCUGCUUUUUGUCACCCUCUGCAAGCCGGCAGCCAUGGACCCCACCCGCCACAGCCCUCAUGAAUGCAUGCCCUACCACCCAGAGACGUCCAGUGAGCCCCAGCUCCGUUUCUGGAAGCGUCUUGGCUCCCUGCGCCAGUCUAUUCACAGCUUCCGCCGCGGCCGGCCCGGAUCUCAGCACCCUGGGCCGGCCAUCCACCAGCCUCUACCUGAUCGGGAUUGGGGCCUAAUGGAAUCAACCAAGAUGUGAUGUGGUAGAGUGAGGGGCUGGAGGUCCGCUUGUCCCUGUCCCAGAUCCAGGUUCCCCCAGGCUGAUGGGUGUCAAGUGUGGGUGGGGCAACCUCCCCAAAAGCUGGUCUACUGGGCAGCCCAUCUCCACUGUGACUUCACCUAGCCCCAACUGCACCCUUCUAUCCUUAGAAAAAAUACAAGAAAAGCUGAAGGUCCUUAAACUCUAUUGUCCCACUCCAGACAUAGAUCUUGGACAUGGUCAUUUGCUUCCCACUGGAAGGUCUAUUCAGGAAUAAACUGGAGAAUUGUAACCAGGUUAGCAGGAGGUACCCACCAACCCAAGCAAGGAUUUCCCUUGGAAAUC